AUGUCCACAAAUAGUCGACCACCGGUGCAGGCCAGCUUUCCCUCCGCGACGAAUAAAUCUCGCAUCUCAGGCGGCCGGUAUCAAGGCUACAAAAAGAUCCGAUGGAAAAAGUAUGAUCCCAGCAAGAAGUCUCCCAACUCAGCACCGGAUCAGUUUGUACAGUGGCAGCCUCCGGACGCAGCACGGGAUGAAGAUCAGGACGACACUAUCCAACGGAAAUCAAAGCCUAGCGACGGAAGACAAAAUCCAAAUGCGCAGGCUCUGGUCUAUGUCUCUCCACUGGAGCCUCUUCCGCUGAAUGGGACUCGCGAGGAUCCAUUUCUAGUCCUGCCCAUCAAGUCCACUGACGCUGUUCAAGACACCUUGGACUACUAUAUCACCAUCUGCAAAGGUUUCAACACCGAGAGGUCCGUCGUCCCUGGCCCGGUCAAUCCUCAUCUGUCGCUCUUACUGCCUUUCGCGCUGAAGCAUACCAUUCUUUUUGAGUCUAUCAUAUCAGUCUGUCGAGCAUCUAUUCUCAUUUCACUUGGGAAACCCAUAUGGGAAGAUUACGCCUUUGUUCACCACCGUGGCAGCGCCAUAGCGGGUCUCAACGAAAGGCUCAAGUCCAGCGAGGCCACGGACGAUGCAUCCUUGCUGACCGUGACGAUGCUCAUGACACUCGAGUACCUCUCUGGCAAUCAGCGAGGCGUGGUCAUGCAUUGCAACGGCCUGGAGAAAAUGCUUGAGCUUCGAGGGCCGCUCUCUGAUGACAAAGUCGACCAGAACUCAGAUUCCGGCUGGCUGAAAUUCAUAAAACAUGGUCUUAUCGCAUACAAGGCCCUGGGCUCCUUCGUGACAGGUCAACCACCAAAACUGCCUCGCGACUCGGUCGGUUACCUCAGGGAGACGUUUCAAGAACUAAACCUCGAUCAGCCACUCGCUUACCCCGAACCUCCGUUUCCACCGGACCUGUGCAUCAUCCUCUCUCGCCUUCCCUCGGGCGUCUCGGAGCUCUGCGUCGCAUCUAGAAUCUCAAUACAGAUGAUCAAGCUCCUCGCCUCCAUUUCGGCAGCGACCACUCUCCUCGCGACUGAGACUGUCAGCUACGAGAACCUCCUUGACCGGACGUGGACACCACCUUCAGAAUUACCCCUCCCUGAUUCGUCCCAGUACGACGAAGAAUGGAAGCAAACAAUGAUCCAGACCAUCCUCUCUUCUCUUCAGCGAAUGUCGUUGACUUCCACCGAGCCAGUUGAAUACAAUCUCACUAUGGGCUUGCUAGCCUAUGUCUUUCAACUCCGGGGUCUUGCAGCGGUAAACCUCUUCUAUGAUCCCAUCCUCCGCAACUUCAUCAACGCGCUACCCACCCACACCAAACCCGCCUCACUUCAGGAACAAAACUCGUUGGUUUGGUGCAGUAUGGCCGUUGCGGGAGCCCUUGCUCUCCGUGUUGUCCCCAUGCCCAACUCCAACUUGGUCAUGGAACAUGUUCUAGAUCUUUACCCACAGGCGCGUCAAUGGGCUCGCCUGGAAAAGAUCCUACGCACUUUCUACUAUACCAAAGAACUUGGCACCCAUUGGAAAAGCAUCUGGCAACCUGCCAUGAAGAGGUGGGAGCAACGGAAGACACGCGACAUCAAUGCCAAGCCUGACGAUGGUGCGAAAGGCGACGGGGAACCCGUAGAGCAAUUCCUUCAGUCAUUUCAGAACCCGCUGGAUUUCCAAGAUUUUGACAUGAAUUCCGAAGCAAUAAAGGCACACAUUCGCCAGCACAUUGCCGGCGCGCCGAAGACGAUACUGGAAAUGUCCCAAGCUAUGGGUCUGUGCCCGGUUCGACCCCUGGUAUCAUCGCCUUCCACAUCCAGCUCUGCAUCAGCUGCGACUACUACGUCAAGUCCGAACACUGUAUUGAGUUUCUCACCAAAGCCCAGUUAA